UGCACUUGCAGUUGACUUCACACUGGUUUGCUGGUUAUACCCAGUUAACCUACUCGCAUUGUAUUACAUUUUUUAAAUAAAAAAAAGUGGACAUUUUUAUUAAAAAUGGAACCGUACGAUGUAAUUGUUAAUCAACCUGUCGUUAUUGAUAACGGUUCUGGAGUAGUUAAAGCUGGCUUUGCCGGUGAUCAAAUUCCAAAGUGCAGAUUUCCGAAUUACAUUGGAAGGCCAAAACAUGUACGUGUAAUGGCGGGUGCUUUAGAAGGAGAUUUAUUUGUGGGACCCAUAGCAGAGGAACAUCGUGGCCUUCUUUCCCUUCGUUAUCCAAUGGAACAUGGAAUUGUCACCGAUUGGAAUGAUAUGGAAAGAAUUUGGACAUAUGUUUAUAGCAAAGAUCAGUUAGCAACUUUCAGUGAAGAGCAUCCAGUUCUAUUGACUGAGGCUCCUCUCAAUCCUAGGAAAAAUCGUGAGAAAGCAGCUGAAAUCUUCUUCGAGUCUUUUAAUGUUCCUGCUUUAUUUGUCUCUAUGCAAGCAGUACUUAGUUUAUACGCCACUGGAAGAACGACGGGAGUCGUUUUGGAUUCAGGCGAUGGCGUUACUCACGCAGUACCAAUUUACGAGGGAUUUGCGAUGCCUCAUAGCAUAAUGAGGGUAGACAUAGCAGGUCGCGAUGUCACCAGAUUCCUGAGGCUUCUACUUCGAAAGGAGGGAAUUAAUUUCAAGACAUCGGCAGAAUUUGAAAUUGUCAAAACAAUUAAGGAGAGAUGUUGUUACUUGUCGACCAAUCCUCAGAAAGAGGAAACUAAUGAAACAGAAAAGUUCCACUACGUCCUACCAGAUGGAAGUCAUUUAGAAAUUGGACCAGCUAGGUUUAGAGCACCCGAAGUGCUUUUCAGACCAGACCUAAUAGGAGAAGAGUGUGAGGGACUUCACGAAGUUCUCAACUAUUCGAUUCAAAAGUCUGAUUUAGAUUUAAGAAAAGUACUAUUCCAAAAUAUCGUUCUGUCCGGAGGAUCUACUCUACAUCGUGGAUUCGGAGACAGAUUACUUGCUGAAAUUCGCAAAAUGUCACCAAAAGACAUUAAAAUUAGGAUAUCUGCUCCUCAAGAACGUCUAUACAGUACUUGGAUAGGGGGAUCAAUUUUGGCUUCUUUAGAUACAUUCAAAAAAAUGUGGUGCAGUAAACGAGAAUAUGAAGAUGAUGGAGUUAAAGCAAUUCAUCGCAAGACUUUCUGAAUUGAUUAUUUCAAACAAUCGGUUAAUAUGAGAUCAUUCUAAAAGUAAUACAAAAAAAAAAAAUUCUGCACAAUUGUCGCACUUGUCGCGUUGUUUUUAUGUUAAUUAAAACCAAUUUUUUUUUAAACAGCGUCGAAGAACAAUUCUUCCGGAGCCUUAGCUUUUAUCCUUUUUUUUGCGCAUAUUUUUUACGACUAAUUUAUAAAUACCGAGUAUUUGAAGAAUAUUGAGACCAGUAUAUAAGAAGGGAGAAAUAUUUAAGAUAACUUUAACUCAAGUUUUAUACGUCACUGUUUAAUCAAGUGUAAUAUAAUAGAGGAUUAUUUCCAGACGAUUGAAUCACACAAAAGUUCUUCACAGAAUCAAUUUUUUUUUAUUUAUUGGGAUUUUAUCUGUAUCUUUUGAAAACUGUGAUAAAGAACAAGAACAAAAAGCAUA